AAGUAAAUGUGUUUGUUAGAAAAUUUUGAAGUUUUAUCAAAGCUUGUAUGUGCAGGUUUUUUAGGCCAUACUGAAUUCAUUCCUGUGUUCUCAGCCAUGAGAAGGGGGUUCGCCAACAAUUGUAGACCUAUAUUUGGACUUGAUGGGUGCUUUCUUAAACAUGCAUGUGGUGGGCAAUUGUUAAGUGCCGUGGGGAAAGACGACAAUAAUCAGAUGUGGCCAAUUGCGUGGGCUGUUGUGGAGGCUGAAACAAGGAGCUCUUGGGAAUGGUUUAUGAGAAUCUUAUCCAAUGAUCUCAACAUGGGAGAGGGAGAGGGAUGGACAGUAAUUUCAGACCAACAAAAGGGUUUAGUUCCAGCUAUACAUGAAGUUUGGCCCCAAGUGGAGCAUAGGCAAUGUGCAAGACACAUUUAUUCCAAUUGGAGGAAAGCACAUACUGGAAGAACUCUUCAAAAACAAUUUUGGUAUUGUGUGAAGGCAACCUCCAUGGGGGAUUUUGCAAGAGAGGCUGGCAAACUCAAGGAUUACUCUCAAAAGGCAUACGACGACUUCAUGGCAAGGGAUCCUCACACCUUCUGUAAGUCCCAUUUUAAAUGUCAUAGCCAAUGUGACAGUGUCGACAACAAUAUGUCCGAAACCUUCAACUCAUUCAUCCUUCUUGCAAGAUACAAGCCAAUAAUUUCUAUGCUAGAAGACAUUAGACUUGCCAUGAUGGAUAGGAUGCAGUUAAAAAGGAAGUUGAUUACACAAUUUGUGGGUGGGAUUGCACCUAGGAUAAGCAAGAAAAUCAAAGAGGGAUAUCAAGAACAAUUGCACUGUCAAACACGUUGGUCGGGAACAAAUGACUACAGUGGAUUUGAGAUACAUCACAGAGGGAUUGGCCAUGAGGUUAACUUGGGUGAAAAUACCUGUUCUUGUAGGGUUUGGGACUUGACUGGAAUUCCAUGUUGUCAUGCCAUUAGUGCAAUAUUGUUCAUGAGAAAGAAUCCAGGAGAUUUUGUUGCUCAUUGGUACAAAAGUGAAGCUUACAAAAAUGCUUAUGAGAGCUUGUUAAACCCUGUGCAAGGUACCAAAUUUUGGGACCUUCAACAGGAGGGAUCUGUGUUGCCUCCUCACAGUAUUAGGAAGCCAAUGGGGAGGCCCAAACAUGCUAGAAGGAGGGACCCUUCAGAAGGUCCAAGAAAUCAAUUUAAGGCAUCAAGGCAAGGUGUGCAAGGACGAUGCACCCAUUGUGAAUCAAGUGAACAUACACGGAGAAAGUGCCCUACUGCACCACCAAGGCAACAAGCUACACAAGUAAGCUUUUUUUUUUUGCAGCUGUAUUUUGUGUUCAUUAAACAACUUAAGCCUUACCUGAUCCAUCUUGAAGGAAUCACAAGGAACAAGAGUUGAUGAAGGACCAUCUCAAGUGAGGAAAAAGGGGAGACCAAAGGGAAGCCUGAACAGAAUAAGAGUUGAUGACUUGCCUCCAAGCAAUGCUCCAACGCCAGCAUCCAUUAUCCUUGGCAGAAGAAGCAAAGCUCCAACA